AUAUUGAUGAUUGAUAAAUUAUUCUACGGGUGAAUCAUGGUCACGGGGAUUGAAAGAAAAUAGAUAAAAGAAAAGGGCGAAAUGAUUAGUUCUUAUAAUUCUUACGCUGCGCCAUGGCGCUUUAUUCCAGCGGGCGAACGGGGGACUAGUUUGGCGCUGGCGUAGUCUUGUACCCGAACGGGCGUGCUACGGUCGAUCGAGCGAGAGUAAGCGCUGUGGACGGCUUAGAGGCCGAGUUAAACGGGCCAGAUCGCAGAUGGACGUCCGCGGGAGCGUUCUGUCAUGGAGAGCACAACGCGAUGUGUCGUAAGUGUGCUCGAGUAUCGUCGUCGUGCUCGUUGCCGUAGUCGUCGCGUGUGUUGCAUUUCGGUCCGCGCGCGUAUCACCGGAUUAUUGCAGUGACAGUCGAUGCAGUAUAAGCGUACGAUGCAGUAUAAGCGUACGUAAGGAUCGUGGUGCUCCUGGUGCUACUGUCCGUAUAUCGUGGAUUGUGGGCAAUCGAAUAAUUACAUCUCAGCCUCAUCUCUACACAAUCCAAGGCGAGUUUCGAUCGUACGAAAAGAACGAGUGGCCGAGUCUUUUGCUCGAUUGAAUGACCGUGCGCUAUAUCGCACACUUUUAUCGUGUGCGAUUGACAGUUCGAUUGGUUGAACGAUCGAUAGAUCGGUGCUGUGACAUGUUAACUGCGGUGCGUACCACUGUGUCGAAUAAUAGAUUCGUGUGAUUCGGAGUAAUGCGUAUAAUCCACGUGCUUGCAUUGAACAGCGUACGGUAUUCAAGGGAAACAUUGUCAACAAGUUGAUUGGGUCGCGAAGGUCGAUACCUUAUCUCGCUGUAUAUUGUAUCCAUUCUGCGUGAGACAUGAAUACACUGUAAACAUACAAGCGUCUGUAUACAUUACGAAAUUCAAACGGAGCCAAGCACGUAUAUGCUGUAUAGUCGAACCUUAUGUAAACAACGAGCAGAGAAGCGUAUCGGAGUUUCUUCCGGUUAUGGAGUACAACCAUCGCGAGAGAGCGUAAUACUAUUCGUACAUUGGCGCCGAUUCGCGCACAGUUUACUCUCUUCGUCUAAGCAAACAGUAUAUCGUUUCGAUAUAUAGUCGACUCUCGAUUCUUUCUCGACCUAACUGCAUGCAAGAUACCAACGAACAAAAUUGACGAAACAUAUCGAAAACGUAUCAUUGAUGAUCGAUUGCUCUGUAAGUAGUGAUCUUUACGCGAAACGAGAAUACGAAAUCCUGUUAACUCGAUCCGUUAAACGUAACGGAUACGCGGAGAGUGGCCGCUGGGGAUUGACUCGUCGUCGGUGGUGCUGGAGCGCGUUUGUAUAAAAAAACGAAAUUGUAUAUUAUACGAGUUGAGAUAAAUAAGAUUUGAUAAAACUCGUGUCAAUGUAUGGAAGAAAGAACUUUGGGGAAUCGUGUCUGGGAGUUUCGUGCUUCUCGAGCAAUCGAUAUAAAUCGAUUUUUAUCGCUCGGAAGCGUUACGUUUGAUUUAUGCGCAGUUGGUUUGUGCGCAUUUAGUCGGUGUUUAGUUGGCGUGUACUUGGUCGGCGUGUUUGCUCGUCGCGUUCUCGGUGCUUGUGAACGACGGUGAACGAAAAGGGUGAAGGAUAAAAAAGAAAAAGAGGGCGAGAGACGAACGAUGGUGCUGUCCGGUCGUCGUGGUUAAUUCGCACGUGUCGCGAUGUCGGGCGGCACGGCGGGCGUCCGUGGCACCGGCGCCGAGUGCAGGAAGUUCGCGCCGAACAUAUUCAACAAGAGCAAGUGCAGCAGCUGCUUCAAGCAGAAGGAGGAGCACAGCGCGGAGGCUCUGGAAUGCAACAGGGCAACGAGGAAGAUUUCAAAAUGCGCAUACCUGUUCGUCGCCCCGGGCUGGGACUUCUCGAACCCGCUGAAUCGGACCAAGGUAAGUGUCCAAGUGGUUUACGUUUAUGUGUUUAUCUGGUGUAUGCACCGUGAAGACAUUUGA